AUGGGUCAAGAUGACCGCUCCAGAAGACCACCAAAUGAAGCAUCUUUGUGUCACUACAUGCUCGCCUUACCGUCGCUUCGCGAAAAAACUGCCAAGGAGGCAAGAGCUAUACGAUGCCGUAGCAGAGGCUAUGGAGAGAUCUACACAACUCCCCAGCUGUGUCUGCUCCUGCAGCAAGAACGGCUUUUGAAUUAUUUGCUGGCAGAUCCUUUCAUUGACGCUUCGCUCGGUGUCGUGAGUUUAAUACUUCAACGAGCUACCAGCAAAGGGCACAUCAACACUAUCAGCAACUCUGGCAAUACCGCGUUGGACUGCACCCGCCCGGGUGGCAGUGUUUACUUGUUUCUUCUCGACCAAGGGGCUCUCUUAGCAGAGAAAAUCCACGGCGAUUCAGGUUCCGGUGAUGCAGGAAAAUUGGGAGGUGUAAAGAUCGAUGGGUUAGCGAGGGUUCAACGGGACCAGAAUAACAAAAAAACAUCAAAGAAACUCCAUGGUGGAGAGCAUGUCGAAGAUAGGACGCAAAAACCGAGUGCAGGUGCAGGCCGAGUAGGUGGACGGGUAGCACCACACCAGCCAAAGUCGUCAUCGUUGUCGAAAACUCGAGAAGGUCUCACGUCGCCACCCCGUAACGAAACGAAAAAGGAGUUCAGCAGGGGUUAUCCCCAGUCACCUGUGUUAGAUCCAGGAGUUCCCUUCGGAAAGGAAGCGGUUCUAACGAAAAGAAAGCCAGCAAGCCCUCCAAGUAGAGGCGUCUAUGGCAGGAGAAGACCAAAGGCCACGGAAUCUGUAGAUGACCUCGCACAGAAUGCGCAGUCCCUAGCACCAGUACGCUUGCAAACGGAUGCUAGAAUACACGAUGCGGACGACGUACUACUUGCUGCAGGGAAGCUGCCUUCUGGAACCUUCAACAGACUAUCUGGCGGCCAUUGGCACGCCGAUUCGUUGGUCCAUUCAAAACGGACGCCCGUUGCUGAAGUAACUGUAAAGGCCUUGGCAUCACACCCAGACGACUGGAGAAGGGAGCCUGUAGAGGGCGAAAGUUCCUCUGCAGUGAAUUCACCUCCGGUAGCCUUUAGCAGACCGGCAGGCGGCUCGCAGCAAUCCGACUCGAUGGGGCAUACGCAGGGUUCGCCUGUUGCAAAGUCCACGGGGAGGCUUUCUUCCUUUCGUUAUGAGGAUGUGUCUCCGAAAGUUUCUCGCUUUCAAGCAUCGGCAGAAAAGGAAGAUACCGCGCACACAGACUCUGGAAUAACACUGCCACAGCACGAAGGCUGUAGGAAGGAUGCAAAAAUCGCUUCACCCUCUCAAGUGCUUAUGCAGGCGUACGAUCGCACCGCUACGAAGUCCGAUCCGAAGGAUACUCUGCCGAAACGAUUUUGCAGCAUUGCCUCUUCUGCAUUUGCUCGCCGACCGCCAAAAAGUGCAAUCAGUGUCCCUGAUGGCCAUAGCAAGCAAGCGGAAACAUCGAAGGAAACUGGUUCGCAGGGCAGCAGGGGGCACUCUUUUGCCGAGGCAAAAGGCCCACAUAUGCCUCCGGACAGAGGAGAGAUUACUUCCAAACCUAUUGGAUUAUUCACUCAGCUGAAAACACAAGUAGGUCAGCUGGCCUCAACCGACGGAGCAGCAGAAAAAAGCAAGACAGCAGGUUCACGGCAAAGCUCUAUGGAGGCGGAAGAGCAGACUCCAGUUGGGAGGGAUUAA